CUCCAGUCCCGCGCCCAGGCUCGCCGGAGCUGCUCGCGCCGCGCCCCCCGCGCCGCCCGCCGGCCCCCGCAGCGACAUGGCCCGCGCCGCCCGCCGGCGGCCCGCGACCCCGGAGCGCGGAGCGGCUGGCCGCUGAGCGCGGCCCGGAGGCGGGGAGGCCCGGCCCGGCCUCAGAGCGAGCGCCCGCCGCGGCCCGGCUCCCUCGGCCCCGCGGGUCCCCGCGCCCCUGCCUGCGCCGCCCGGCCUGGCCCGGCCCGAGCAUGGAGACGGCGGAGAAGGAGUGCGGCGCCCUAGGCGGGCUCUUCCAGGCCAUCGUCAACGACAUGAAGAGCUCCUACCCCAUCUGGGAGGACUUCAGCUCCAAGGCCACCAAGCUGCACUCCCAGCUGAGGACCACCGUGCUGGCUGCCGUGGCCUUCCUGGACGCCUUCCAGAAAGUGGCCGACAUGGCCACCAACACCCGAGGGGCCACGCGGGACAUCGGCUCGGCGCUCACGCGCAUGUGCAUGCGCCACCGCAGCAUCGAGACCAAGCUGCGGCAGUUCACCAACGCGCUGCUGGAGAGCCUCAUCAACCCGCUGCAGGAGCGCAUCGAGGACUGGAAGAAGUCGGCCAACCAGCUGGACAAGGACCACGCAAAAGAGUACAAACGAGCUCGUCAUGAGAUCAAGAAAAAAUCGUCAGACACACUGAAGCUGCAGAAGAAAGCACGUAAAGAGCUACUUGGGAAGGGGGACCUGCAGCCCCAGCUGGACAGCGCCCUGCAGGACGUCAACGACAUGUACCUGCUGCUGGAGGAGACAGAGAAGCAGGCGGUGCGCCGGGCCCUCAUCGAGGAGCGCGGCCGCUUCUGCACCUUCAUCGCCUUCCUGCAGCCCGUGGUGAACGGCGAGCUGACCAUGCUGGGAGAGAUCACUCACCUGCAGGGGAUCAUCGACGACCUGGCUGUGCUGACCGCGGAGCCCCACAAGCUGCCUCCCGCCAGUGAGCAGGUGAUCAAAGACCUAAAGGGCUCGGACUACAGCUGGUCCUACCAGACCCCACCCUCUUCGCCCAGCAGCUCCAGCUCCCGCAAGUCCAGCAUGUGCAGCGCCCCCAGCAGCAGUACCAGUGCCAAGGUUGGCGGAGCCCCGUGGCCUGGGGGCGCCCAGGCGUACUCACCCAGUUCCACCUGUCGCUACCGCAGCCUGGCACAGCCGGCCUCUGCCACCGCCCGCCUCUCCAGCGUCUCCUCCCACGACUCUGGCUUCAUCUCCCAGGAUGCCCCCUACUCCAAGCCCCCCUCGCCCAUGCCUUCAGACAUCACCAGCCAGAAGUCCUCCAGCUCCGCGUCCUCCGAGGCCUCGGAAACCUGCCAGUCCGUUAGCGAGUGCAGCUCCCCCACCGCGGACUGGUCCAAGGCCGGCCCCCACGAGCAGGCCCCCGGCGCCACCCUGCAGCGCAGGAAGGACCGAGUGGAGCUUCUCCGGGACACGGAGCCAAGCCCUGCCGGCGGGGGCACCCCGGGCCCCGGUGGGGAGGAGGCCCUGCGCCCCCGGAUGUCCCCCGCCACCAUCGCAGCCAAGCACGGAGAGGAGGUGUCCCCAGCAGCCAGCGACCUGGCCAUGGUGCUGACCCGCGGCCUGAGCCUGGAGCACCAGAAAAGCAGUCGGGACUCGCUGCAGUACUCAAGCGGCUACAGCACGCAAACCACUACACCCUCGUGCUCCGAGGACACCAUCCCCUCCCAAGGCUCCGACUACGACUGCUACUCGGUGAACGGGGACGCAGACAGCGAGGGCCCCCCCGAGUUCGACAAGUCGUCCACCAUCCCACGCAACAGCAAUAUCGCCCAGAACUAUCGCCGCCUGAUCCAGACCAAGCGCCCAGCCUCCACCGCUGGGCUGCCCACCGCCACGGGCGCCGGCCUGCCCUCGGGCGCGCCGCCUGGCGUGGCCACCAUCCGCCGCACACCCUCCACCAAGCCCAGCGUGCGCCGCGCCCUCUCCAGCGCCGGCCCCAUCCCCAUCCGGCCCCCCAUCGUGCCCGUGAAGACGCCCACGGUGCCCGACUCGCCUGGCUACGCGGGGCCCACGCGCGCGGGCAGCGAGGAGUGCGUCUUCUACACCGACGAGGCCGCCUCGCCCCUGGCCGCGGACCUCGCCAAGGCCUCCCCGAAGAGGCUCAGCCUGCCCAACACGGCCUGGGGCAGCCCCUCCCCAGAGGCUGCCGGCUACACCGCGCCGGGCACCGAGGGCGACGCCGAGCAGCAGCAGCUGGCAGCCAACCGGCACAGCCUGGUGGAGAAGCUGGGGGAGCUGGUGGCCGGUGCCCAUGCCCUGGGCGAGGGCCAGUUCCCCUUCCCCACCGCCCUGUCGGCCACCCCGGCCGAGGAGACACCCACCCCGCCCCCUGCCGCCACCAGCGACCCCCCGGCUGAAGACAUGCUGGUGGCCAUCCGGCGGGGGGUGCGGCUCCGCAGGACGGUCACCAAUGACAGGUCGGCGCCCCGCAUCUUGUGAUGGCACCCCCUCCCCAGCCUCUGGCCUCGGCACAGGGUAGGCAGCCUGGGCUCCUCUCAGCGCGGCGAGGAGAGACCCAGAGGGAGCCGCUGGGAGAGCAGAGCCAGGGAAGCUUCUUUUAUUGCUUUUAUUUUUUAAGUCACACGAGGCAAAGCCACUUUAUAGAAAGAGACAUCCAGCUUCGAUUUCAGCAUUUAAACAGGAAGUGACUUCUGUUGCCAACCUUGCCAGGACGGAGCCUGCAGGCCUGGAACUGGGAGCCUGUUUUAACCCUCCCUUGCCUGCUGUCCCUUCUCUUCUUCCUCGCAGGCCUUGCCUUUUCUGCGUCUCAGUGAGCCCCAGACUUGCACGCUUCUGCCUGGGACAGAGGGCCUGGGCCUGCCUCUCUCGCUCCCGGCCCCACCUGGCCUGGGGUCUGCAGUGCCACAACCAAGCCCACCCGGCCCAGCUUCCUCCGUCCCCUGCCUGAGUCCUCCUCCUUGCCUCUCUCUGCCUCUCCCGGGCUCCCCUCCACCUGGGAAGCAGGGGAUCCGUGGAGGGGCCUGGCACCCAAUCCGUGGGCGACGGUACCUGGCCUGGCAGGAAAGCUCCACAGAUGGGCUGGGGGCUGGGAGCAGGUUGGCUUGAGAGGCCAGGCUCACCCGUGGGGGAAGGGGUCCCAGGGACCUGAGUCGAUUCUCGGGGAGGAAAGGGGGGGCUGCCUGGAGGAGGCUCAGGGGACCCUAAAGCAGCUUCCACGUCCUCACUUCUCCCAGGUGAGGUGGCUGGAGUGCAGGGGCCGUGCAGGGCAGCCCCUCAGAAAGUAGCGGCAGCAGGGAGAGGAGAGGGCUCCUGGGGCCCUGGGGGUCUCCUGACCAGCCAGGGACGAGUGGGUUCAGAUGUGUGGCUCUCAUCUAGGCACAGGAGACUUUAACUCCGGUGGCCCUUUGGGGUCACAUUUUGGCCACCUUUGGGGGUAGGAGCUGGAGCUGUAGAGGGUUUUGGGGGGGGGAGGGUAUUUUAUGAAUAUGAUAAUAAAAUGGAGUGGACUUCGUGGACAAGGACUGUGCGUGAGGGCCGGGGAGGGCCCCACGGCCUGGUGGGCACCAGCAGGAAAAGGAGGGUGGAAAUGGCUCCCCAAAAGCAGGGAGCAGCUUUUAUUCUCUCCAGCGUCUGGAGCGUAGCCAAAAUGCGGUUCUACAGGGGCAAGGGCGGGGCCUCCGGGUCUGUCUGCUGCGAACUGAGGAAGCAAGCUGCAGGCCGGGGGUCAGGGCCGGGGGGGAGCACAUCCCGGGAGGUUGGCUUUGACUCUCUGUGGCCAGAGGAGAUGCCACCCGGGACAAUCCCCACGGUGGUCCCGGGAAGGGGGCGGAGGUGCCCCCACCCCCAAGCAUGACGCCCAGGUCCCGCCAGGGCUAAGCAGGUGAGAGCACGUGAGGGUAGGGCGAGUGGAGGGUGUGGCACCCGGUGGUCCCAGGACCAGCAGAGGAAGGCACGGGGGGCCUCGUAGGCCGCAGGGCAGGAACCACGCGGGGGUCGGGAGGGCCAGCUUAUCCUGGUCUGGAGGGAAUGAGUUGGGUCUGAGCCUCCCGGCCCCAGGCUCCCGCUUGGGGCAGUUGCUGGACACCAGGAGAGGAGCUGAGCAAGGGAGGGCGAGAGGAGGGGCGCAGAGAGCAGGUGGCCAAUUCGGGGAGCCCUGGGAUGGACUUUCUGCUACACUGUCCCCUCCGGGCUGCGUCUGGGGUGUGCCCAGGUGGGGUAAGGUGCAGGGUAUGUGGUGUGAAGAGGGUGAGGAGCGUGGGGUGGGGAAAGGAGCGGGGCACUGCCUCUGCUCCCCCCAAGUCUGGGUCCUGGAAUCUGGGAGGAGCAGCGUCGUCCUCCCUGGGGGCAGCUCUGCCAGACCCCGGCCCCAGCUCCACAGGUGGGAGCCCCUGGGCUUUGAGGAGGGGGUCGAAGGUGGGCGAGGGGCUUCCCAGGCCCCCUGGGGCUGUACAUAACCUGUCCGUCCCCUGCGACCUGCCCGACCCCCCGUCGCAUUAGCGCCCACCUCAUCGCCCCGGGAGCUGAGCCAGCCUUCCCGCGUCACAGACUUUGGCUUGGGGGGCUUCUUUCUGUUCGUUUUACUUUUCAUUUUGUACAGCGAAAUAUUCUUUUCAAACGCGU